AUGAACACACAACAAACACCCGAAGCUCUUACCGCCGAUUCACAACAAGGAGGCAAUAACCAUGCCACGAGACUCGAGUCCCAGCCCCCCACCUCUGCCGCCAGUGCCUCCGAACUCGCCAGUUCAAAGAUAAGCCUGCGAGCCGCCCUUCGAAAUUUCGCCGACUUUCCUAUCAAGGGCAUCGACUUUAUCGACAUCCUCCCGCUGUUCGCAAACCACGCCCUGCACGAACAACUCAUUCGGACUCUUGAAUUACAAGUUCUCGAAUUCACAAAUGGUGUCAAGCCAGACGUUGUAGUGGGGCUCGAUGCAAGAGGCUUCUUGUUCGGCCCCAGCCUUGCCUUGCGUCUUGGUGCUGGCUUUGCUCCGGUCAGGAAGAGGGGUAAAUUGCCUGGCCCUACUGAGGAAGCAAGCUUUGAUAAGGAGUAUGGACAGGAUUUCUUUCAGAUUCAAACAGAUGCUAUAGAGAAGGGGCAGAAGGUUUUGGUAGUGGAUGACAUAAUUGCGACUGGUGGAUCUGCCGCAGCGGCUGCACAACUUGUUGAGAAAGCUGGUGGAGAUUUAAUGGGAUUCCUCUUCAUUCUCGAGAUCGACUUCCUGAAGGGCCGAGACAAGCUCAACGCUCCUGUUCAUACUCUGCUUAAGGACAAAUAG